CAAUGUUGAAAACUGAUGAGAACUGCACAUAUUUCGGAGUCAACUACAGUUUCGAGUGCCGUACAAAUGAUGGAGAGAGUUUUCACAUCGAAGUCUCUCCCGAGCGCGUAUCGUUAUGCCUCCUUCUCUUAUUUUUCGCGCUUUCCACAAUAUUUGGCAAUGGCCUGGUCAUUGUUGCUGUGUCAAGAGAGAGAUACCUGCACACAGUUACAAAUUAUUUUAUAAUGUCCCUGGCAGUGGCAGACUGCCUGGUUGGCUUGUUAGUUAUGCCAUUUAGCGCAGUAUACGAUUCGUUCAGCUAUUGGUUCUUUGGGCCUGAUUUUUGUGAUGUGUGGCACAGUUUCGACGUUCUUGCAUCUUCGGCAUCAAUAUUAAACUUAUGCGUAAUUUCACUGGACCGUUACUGGGCUAUCACAGACCCAUUAAGCUAUCCCACUAAGAUGAGUCCCAAGAGAGCAUGUCGUCUCAUAGCCCUCGUGUGGGUGUGCUCAGCUCUCAUCUCUUUCCCGGCCAUUGCCUGGUGGAGAUCAGUGUCCGAACCACAUCCUUCCGGCGAAUGUCUAUUCACGGAAGACACGGCCUACCUGUUCUUCUCGUCCACAAUAAGCUUUUAUGGUCCAUUGUUAAUAAUGGUCUUCACAUACUUCCGUAUUUUCCGAGCUGCAACACUGCAGACCAGGAGUCUCAAGCAAGGCCAGAAGCUCGUAUCAAGCAACGGAGAAGGUGAAGUCGAGUUGACGCUCCGCAUCCAUCGAGGUGGGGGUGGCAGCAGUAGCAGCGCUAACGGCAACACAGGUCUCGGCCGUACGCAGUCUCAAAAAGGACGUCAAUGCUCUUGCGUCCGUGAGAACGGGAGCUCGAGACUCGCCGAGCAGUCCUUCGGGUCGUCCGAUGACGGCGAUCCUUGCGCUCUAUUGCAAGAGGCUGUGGCGCCUGACUCCAGUUCACGAGUCGUUUCGAGGAACCUCAAGAAUUUUUCACUAUCCAAAAAAUUUUGUAAGUUUGCUAAAGAGAAGAAAGCAGCCAAAACAUUGGGAACUGUGAUGGGAGUGUUCAUAAUUUGCUGGCUGCCAUUUUUUGUCAAUAAUGUCUUGAUGGGAAUUUGUCAAGAAGGUUGCAGCCAGUCACCUCUUGUGGCAGCGAUCCUGACGUGGCUGGGAUGGAGCAACUCUGCCAUGAAUCCUGUCAUCUACGCCUGCAUGGCGAGGGACUUCAGAAGGGCGUUCACGCGCAUCCUGUGCUCCUGCUGCCCGCGCAGCUGCCGUAAGCGCUACCAGCCCGGCUGGCGAGGAGGCAUCGCUCAGUUCGAACCUCAGGAUGACUUCUGAUCGCCUGCCCCGACCCCCGCUUGCCCCCACGCUGUCCUCCUCAACCCUUGAUGAUGGUGACGCCUAUCGUGUCCAACCUGACAACGCCAUUCCUGCGAACGCAGGCCUCGCCAAUUUGUUCGUCGUGCGGCCUUCCGAAGAGACGAGGCUCUGGUCGCGGUCAACACAAGACCUGAGACCCGCGGCUGCUCUCGGAAGAGGAGGAAAUGGAAGCCUGUGGUCCUUUGCCCAAUUCGGCCGUAAAGGACUCGGAAAUUUAGUGGCAAUCGGCAUAGUUUGGCUCAAACAAUCAGUAGCAUUCUGGAAUUCAAAACUCGAAUAUUCAGUGUCAGUUCGAGGAUCUGACUCGACCUAUUCAAUGCUAGUUCGAAAAAUCGACUAAAUAUUCGGUGAGAGUCCAGACGGUAUGACUCAUGUAUAUUCAGUGCGAGUUCUGAUAAUUUGACUCAAUUAUUCAGUGGCAGUCCAGACAAUAUUACUUGAAUAGUCAGUGGCAGACCGGACAAUGUAACUCGAAUAUUCACUCGCAGACCACAUAAUACGAUUCGAACAUUCAGUGGCAGCGUGAAAAAAUUUAUAUGAUCGUUUGACAUUUGCCGGGAGUGAAUGUUAAUGUUUACAUUAGUCCCUGUGUUAAAAUGAAAUCCAAAAGAAAUAUAUAAUGUUUCAGUCGCAGUCCGAAGGAAGAGAAUGAGCACUUGGAAGUCCAUUAGAAGUCAGCAAAGCCAAUAGGAUUCGCUCUCACUAGUCAAGACCGAAAGAUUCGGUUGGUUUGCCUACGUUCAAAGUCCAACUGAAUUCAUGGAGUGGAAGCUUGAUGCUGCAGGACUGUCAUAGAUGCUCCAUGAAUCCAGUUGUCAAAGAUUUUCAAAGAUUUAGAAUUUACACGCAAAGAACAUUGAGCAGAUUUUCCGUUUCUACAAAUUAUAUCUAUUUUUAAAUUCGUGGUUAAUUGAUUAUUUAAACAAUCAAGUGAACGUAAUUGUUGUCGGAGAUUUUUUCUCACAAUCUUUUUUUAUAUUAUAAAAGGAAAUGAAUACAUGAAAUCCAGUAGAGAUGAAAAAGUGCCACAAUUAAUGAAACUGAAGUCUUAUAUUCUAAUGGGAAAUUUUAUCAGACUAUCAUAAUAACACGACUAUAAAUUUUGAUUCAUUAAUUCAAGUUUAUACAGUAUUAAAAAAUUCAAUGUGCUAAGUUAAGUCUAGCAGCCUGGCCAAAAGCAAAUGCCAAGCACAAUUGAGUGCUAGAAACGGUAAUAAUUAUAAAGAAAUAAGAUCAAUUGAAACCAAACAACAUUUCAAACGUUAUUACGUUUAUACUCAAGUAGUCGUUUCAUGUAGUAAAUAUUCUACUAAAAGGUACGCUGAAAAACUUAAUAUGAUUUCCUCUCUCAAUCAGAGUUUGCCAUCUCAUGCUUCUGUUCCUAGUUGCGUUACAGGAUUGUCCCAAUAAGAUGCAGUUCUUAUAUGACCGACAUGGAAGGUGAACUGUCUUUGUACCUAAUUAUUAAUGCCAAAGAUACGAUGCCAUUUUAUGGACAUAAUGCUAGUGAUAUCAAUUCGAGAAUAAGUUAAGGCCCACCCAUAAAUGUGAGAUUGAUACCCCUUUAAAUUACUAAAAUUGUAACCCCGUUAAGCCGAGGUUCACUUUAGAGUAAGCUGCGAAAAUCAUGAUUGUAAGCAGACACUAUCAUGCAUAAUCCAGCAUAAACUGAAUGCGUGGAAGAUAAAUAAACUUCUAAAUUGAUUAUAGAAAGAUUCUAAUUCGAUUCUUACCUGUUUGUCUUCACCGCUCAGAAGUGCUCGCAACACCGGCGUUUUGAAUCUCUGUAUCUAUAUUUAUGUUGUGAUAAAUUGCAUUUAAGUGCUUGAAGUGAACUGUAGGUUUUCUAUUAAUUUAUCGCGUUGUUAUCACAUGAUGCUUAAAAUUGUAAAUCUCUAUU